AUGACCCUGGUUGCACCCAAGGCGCUGCACAAGCGCGUCAAGGGCACAAACGUGGAGGUACGCAAGGAGGUGACGGACGACAGCACCGACGCACACCUGGCCCUCCUCUACUCGAUUCACGCCGAUGAUGAAACCGAGCUGCGGUGGCUCCACAACACCCUGCGGCCGGAGCGCAACCUGGUCCACCCGUCCGACGCCUUCCUGCACGGCAUCAAGGCACUGCAGCCAGCCGCCGUCUUUAACACGUUCGACGCGCAGAAGGCGAAGCUGCGACGACUCACAAAGUACGAGAAGGACAAAGCAAGCGCCAUGAAGCGGCGCAAGGAGGAGAUGGCGCCCACCGCUGCCUACAAGGCCGCCGUCAACCCCCACAAGACCCCACGCACCGGCGGAGCGGCCCCAGCUGAUGAGGUGCGCGUGCUGUCGCGGGGCAUGAACAAGGCGCAGAAGGCGCGUAGCCGCGCACGGACUGCCCAUAAGUCGGGCAAGGUGGUCAGCGACGCCGAGGCGCCAAAGGCUUUCUUCACCAAGUGGAAGAAGCGCAAGCAGGAAAAGAUCGGCAGGGGUCUGUGA